CACCUAUGCCGACUGGAGGAGGGGGACUUGCUGAAGCACUCCAGAAAGCCAAGUUAAAGUCUGUUGCACGGCCUGAUGAUGGGGCUGCUUCUGCUGCUGCUGCUGCAGGUGCUGAUGGUGCAGGCAAUGCUGCCCAGGCAGGGAUGAAUUCACUGGCUAGGCCACUAAUACCUGGAGCUGAGAACAUGAUGAGUGAGAUGCAGCGGAAACUGGCUGCAAGACGUGCCAAGACUGAGAACUCCUCACAGGAAGCAGACAGCAGCUCAUCUUCUCCUGAAGUUAAAAAGAGUAGGGACAAGACUACAACCAAUGGUAAUGGGAACAAAUUUAACCAAGCUCAGAAUGGCUCAGAAUCACCAAAAGUUACACAAAGGAUCAACCCUGUUGUUCCAGUACCACAAAAGCUUUCCUUGACUGGUCAAGAAAUUAUCACUGUAUCUAAUGGUGGGGGCAACACAUCCGGUGAUUUUGAAUUGCUGAAGCAGGAGAUUGUUGCAGAAAUGAGAAGGGAACUGCAGAAAGUAAAACUUGAUAUUAUUGAUGGUAAGUUACUGAUCACUUCUCUCAAACCUCAUAUUUACUUCUUACAUCUACCUAUAUCAGUGGAGGCGCAAUGGCCCAGUGGUUAGGGCAGCUGGCUUGCGGUCACAGGAUUGCGGUUUCGAUUCCCAGAUCGGGCGUUGUGAGUGUUUAUUGAGCGAAAACACCUAAAGCUCCACGAGGCUCCAGCAAGGGAUGGUGGUGAACCCUGCUGUACUCUUUCACCACAGCUUUCUCUCAUUCUUACUUCCUGUUUCUGUUGUGCCUGUAAUUCAAAAGGUCAGCCUUGUCAUGCUGUGUCACACUGAAUAUCCCCGAGAACUACGUUAAAGGUACAUGUGUCUGUGGAGUGCUCAGCCACUUGCACGUUAAUUUCACGAGCAGGCUGUUCCGUUGAUCGGAUCAACUGGAACCCUCGACGGAGUGCCAACAACAACAACAACUACCUAUAUCAAUCAUAAACCUACUGUGUUCUUAUCUUCUACUACUAAGGAUCUACCUAAUGUUUUCUGCUACCACUUUCUUAAUUUGUUUUUUGCAGUAAUAUUAAAAGUUAUGUAGGUAUACUGUAAAGAUGGUGGAAGUUUUUACCACUAACUACCAUCUUCAAUACAAUGGAUCUACCUGGCUUAUACAACUACCUCUAUGGAUUUACCUGAUUUUACCUCCACUAACAUAAACCAUAACCAACAUGCCUAACUUUUGCUGUCACGACCACCAACAUAGACCUUCCUGGAUCUACCUUGCUUUUACUAUCAUGACCAACAUAGACCUACUCUUCUUUUACCACCAUAUCCAACAUGGACUUACCUGGCUUGACUUUUAACACCACUACUAACAUGGAUCUAACUGGCUUUUACAACAACCAACAUGGAACAACUGUUUUUUACCACCACGAGUACUGUGGACCAACCUGGCCUUUACUACCACAACCAAUUCAAAUCUACAUGAUUCUGAUCACCAUUGUGAAACUACCUAUCAUGUUUUAUUUAUUUAUUUGUAUAUAUAUUAACAGAUAUGUGUGUACAUGAAAUAUCAAGAAAAGGCAACAAUCUUUUAAAAGUUUUCAUAAAUAAUAUUUAUCUUUUAUCCUUAGACUGUGACCAUACUGGUAUACUGCCUUGAAGAAUUUUUGUGAAGCAAAUCAACCCCAGUGCAAUUUUUUUUUUUUAAGUGUGGUACUUAUUUUAUCGGUCUCUUUUACCAAACCACUAAGUUACAGAGACAAAAUGAGACCAACACUGGUUGUCUAGUGGUGGUGGGGGACAAACACACAUUUUAUAUUGAUAUAUAUACAACAGGCUUAUUUCAGUUUCUGUCUACCAAAUCCACUUGCAAGUCUUUGGUCAACCUGAAGUAGAAGACCCUUGCCUGAGGUGCCACACUGUGGGACUGAACCUGGAACCAUGUGGUUGUGAAGCAAACUUCUCACCAUGUGAUGGAUGUUUUUGUUUCUUUAUGUUUCAAUAACCUGACCAAAAGCUAUUUCUUGAUCAUACAGUCUAACUAUUGCUAUUUGGUUGAUUAGAACGAAUAGCAUAUCUUGUUUCGCCCUUUAUGAGCCCCAAUUGAGCAGAGCUAUAGUCAAAGCCAUUCCAGCCACAAUCAUGCUACCUUUUUCUGAAAGGAAUAGAUUAUUAAUGCUUUUCUUCUAAUAGGGUGUAAUUUGGAGGAGAUAUGGCUGCUAUUUUUGGUAGGUCACGUGACCACAUAGAAGCUGCCUUAGUACCUGCAGUGAUAUUUAACCCUUUAGCAUUUAAACUGGCUAUGUCCAACCCCUUCUGCUUUAAGUUCAAACUGGCCAGGUCUAGGCUCUCACACCUACCCUACAAUGUCAUUCUAAAAUAAACAAUAACAUCACUGAAAUCUCAAAGCUAUGAGACAAUACAUGAUUAAUUCAAAACAAUAUGAAUAAGUAAGCAUUACAUUUGGCAGAGUAAUUUGAACGCUAAAGGGUUAAUCUUUAUUUUAUGAAGUCCAUGUUCCAGCACCUUAGUUUACUGAACUAACUAAUGGGUAUCUAUUUCUUAACUUGGGUUCACUUGGAAGAGAAUGGAGGGAGAAUUAAAAUUUUUUUUUUUUUUUGUCUCUUCAGAAAUCAAAUCAGUAGAUAGGGU